AGUGCACUUUGCUCGCUGGUUCAAUAAUUUUUUUUGAAAAGUAUAUCACAAAGAAAUAUUUCAGCGAGUCUCAUUCUGGAUGAGAACAUGACCAACGCUGGAGAAGAUAAAAAUUCUAAAUUCGAGUCUGUAAAAUACAUACAUGCCUGAAAAAUAGCCAGUUUGUUUUUCGCCGCCAUCAGUUCGACUUUCGUGGAAUUCACUAAAAUCGAAAACCAACAGCCGUUCCGUUGCCCCUUUAAGUUUGGUAAAUUUAUUGUAGGAGAAGAAAAAGGGGUCUUCUUUAUAAGAAACAUAGAUUUUUAUGGUAAAAAGUUUAUGGUAAAAUGAAUCAAAAUUUGGUUUUAGUUAUCAACAAUAUACUGUUUAAUGACUUUUGAUAGUUGACUGUGAUAUAAACUUUUAUUUUAAGUCUUCAUUUUAUGUUCGGAUAUAUAUCAAAUUUUUAUUGGUAGAGAUUUAAAUUGUUAACGGAAAUUGUGUUUUAAAAAAUGAAGUAUUGUGUUUAGCACCUGGAAGGCCUGCUACGGAGAUGGACUAUCUCUUUAAUAAUAGCCAUAUUCUGUGUGUUCAAAAUGGCUGCUUGUAGCUUCAUUCCAGGUUCCACACAGAGUUAAUAAUUUGCUGACGGGUGGCCCCAUUGAUUUUUCCACGGGUAAGCGACUAGAACAUUAAUAAUAUCUAUACAUUACUUGUUUAGCCAAAAAGUUUAAAACAACAUGUUUAUCAAAUAAAGAUGAAAACAAACGAAGGAGGAGAAGGAGGAGCGUUACAAGACGAGAGCAAAGCUGAUGUACUAAGGUAUGAAGAUCUGAAAGAAAGAAGUGGUCAGAUUGCUGAAGAUCAAUUUAAAGUUGAAGAACACUUGGAUGAUGUUGAGUGUGACCAAGGCGGACAACAGAACACUGAGAAAAAUGUUCAAAUAAACACCGUCUACCAAAAAGAUAGAGAGAUCGAAAAUUCGGAGCAAAACGAUGUAGAGAUGGGUAAUAAAGAACAAGACGACGGAGAGUUAAAUAAUGCAGAGCAAAACAAUGGAGAGGUGAAUGAUGCAGAGCAAGGCGAUGGAGAGAUGAAUUCUGCAGAGCAAGACGAUGGAGAGAUAAAUAAUGCAGAGCAAGCCGAUGGAGAGAUGAAUUCUGCAGAGCAAGAAGAUGGAGACAAUACGACUGUGUUGUUAGUGGAAGUAAAUCUAUCAAAAGAAGACGGAUCAUCAGAAGCUGUAACUUUAGAACUUUUAUGCCCCAGCUCUCUCGUGGUUGAAGAAUCAGAGCCUCAGUCUGAAGAAAAAGAGCCUGGACACGAGAGAGAUAAAAGACAAUUCGAAUGCGAUAUUUGCCACAAGAGCUUUAAGCAACGUCAUCAUCUGAAAGCACAUCUCAUGAUUCACACUGGAGAAAAACCGCAUAAAUGUGAAGAGUGUAACAAGGCUUUUAUAAAAAAGCACGACUUGAAACGUCACAUGCAAACUCAUGCGAAAGAAGAAACUCCUGAUUCAAAAUUAGAAGAGGAUUCGAGUAGAAAAAUAUUUCGCUGCGACGAGUGCGACAAAACGUUCGCGCGCAAGAAAGGAUUGGUUGCACAUUCGAUUAUUCACAAAGGGCGACAGUUCACCUGUAGUGUGUGUGAGAAGCGUUUCUACCGCGGCGCUGAUUUGCAACGCCAUGCAUUAAUUCACACUGAUAAAAAACCUCACAAGUGUGACACCUGUGGAGAAGAGUUCCGACAUAGCUUCUUGUUAACCAAUCAUAUGAAACGACACACGGGUGAAAACCUUCUGUUUUGUUCCUUCUGCGAUAAAACAUUUGUUUCGAUUAGCCGUCUUAAACAACAUUUUCGGACACACACGGGGGAGAGGAGUUACAUUUGUGAUGUGUGUGGUGAUAGUUUUGUACAUCACAGCACUUUAAAGUCUCAUAAGCUCUCUCACAGCGAGGUGCAGCCUUACACGUGCGAUGAAUGUGGAAAAUCUUUCAACAGGAAAUCAAACUUGAAAAAACAUUUACGAAUACAUAACGACGAAAAAAUUUAUAAGUGUCACCUCUGCGGAGAAGGGUUUAUGCAUCACAGUACAAUGAAGGCGCAUAUAUUUGUACACGGCGGAGAAGAUCCGUUUUCGUGUAAUUUGUGCGGCAAGACUUUUAAUCGACGUUCGAAUUUAAAAAAACAUCAACGCAUCCACCUCGUUCAAGCCAUUCAAGAGGAGAUCAUAACACCACGUGUCGAACGCGCAUCCGUAGAAGUGAACACAUGUGAAACGGCAGCUAUGCAACUCAUGACAGAAGACGUGGCGGCUUGUCGAGCGAUAAUGAAUGAAGAUGGCGUCGUUGUUGCGGAGGAAUCGGAAAAUAUCCAAGAAGAGGUUGUCAUAUGUUCCGAGUUGGAGAAUCGCACAUGUCCUAUCUGUGAUAAAGUGUUAAAAAACAAGAAUCAUAUGAGACAACAUUUACUCACACAUACUAGUGAGAAACCGUUCGAGUGUGAAGAAUGCGGUAAGAAGUUUAACCGCAAGUCUAACCUAAGGAAACAUGAGAAAAUACACACAGGUGUGAAACCACAUGGUUGUAACGUGUGUGGAAAGAGGUUCCUUCUCAUCUACGAUUUGAAUCGCCAUAAGAAAAUACACUAAUUCUAGACUGCCUUGAUUGAUCAAAGUUAUGAUGGAGAUGAGACGGAGCUGCGCAUGCGUGAUAAUCACAACUACCAUGGCUGCUAAAGAAUGACUUUAAUAAACAAAUCUGAGAUCUAUUGUUUCUGCGCAUGCGUGAAGGAUGCUGGAAAGAACGGGAAAUUUUCUCUAUUAUUUCUUAAUGGCGUUUGUAAAUAAUUGAUACUAAGAGUAUUCGUCAUUCACUUUUACUUCUGAAAUUAGUUGCCAAACAAAUUUACAAGUCUCA